AUGAAAAUAGCAGACUUAAUUGGGCACAGCAGUAGAAAUUUAAGGGUUGGCCACCUCUCUAUUUACGCCACUCUGAAUUGGGCAUGGAAAACAGCACUCUCUUCGGUAAACGACGGUUCGGCAUACGCAACACAUGUCCCAACCAAUGCAGCUUCUGGUGCUGGAAACAGUCUUCAAGUAGCACCACCAGCCACCCUGUGGGCGGUCUUGGACGACCUCUUCAACAUCAGGCAGCCAACUCUGCUCCAGUUGGAGAGGUUCAGGGAGCGAAAACAGUUACCCGGCGAGUCCGUGGACCAAUUUUUGGGGGCCCUCAGGGAUCUCGCAACAAGAGUUUACGCGGUGGAAGACCGAACAAAGGUCGAGGCUGAGCUACUACAACAGUUCAUCCUGGGGGUAUCUCACCUUGGCCUGAAGGCAGAACUUAUCCGCCGUUCCCCGGAUAAUAUACGUGACGCGAUCCAACUCGCCCGCAGCUAUGAGGCAACGUCAGAGUUGGAACCACAACUCCAUGCCGUGAAAAUAACGGCCGACCCCCGUCCCCGUCAGCUACUACCUGGUACCACGGACGAGGUACCACGGGCCCUGGACAGGGAAGAGUAUCCCGCUUGUACGCCCCCCUAA